GAACCAUCAGCCCAUACAUUCGCUAAAAAAAACAGCGCGGAGACGCGGAACGGGGAUCCAACCCAUGCUAUUAAGUCUCCAUGUGUAUUCCAGUUGGUAUCGCCUCCAUGCCGUGGCUAUGCUUUGGGCUUUCUCCUGGCCGAAGUGUUCUGCUAAUUGCUUUGCGAUCGACUCUGUCGAGAGCAAUGUCCCGUACAGGUCAAAAGCAACGAUAAUCUGCUUGUGAGACAUCGUGGCAGUAAGAUAAUGGGCAAUUUCUUUUUCACCGGUCAGGGCUCAGGAGAGAUGGCAAAAGAUAUCGGAAGAAGGUGAAAGAGGCGACUCUGUACCUGGCAAUGAUGUCAAAUCUUUGUCCCGUCGGAGUAGUUGAAAAGCGGGGUCAUCCGGCUGCGAUGAUCAUGAUAUAUGAAUAUAUCCUUUCCACGCGGAGCUGAACAUCCCCAGAGAACCCUGCGACUGGAAGCGCACACUCCCCCAUGAGUCUCCACGGCGACGGUGGGAGCAAUUACGAAGUAUUCAGGGAGUGUGUCUCAGGGGCCAUUGUCGCCAAGUCGGAGACGAAGCCCGACAAAGCCUCUAAAAAGAGAGCUCAGAAGACAAAGCGUGGUUCGAAGAGAAGCGCUGCUGAUCAGGCAGUCGUAGCUGACAGAGCUAACCCCGAGGAAUUAGCUGAUUUCAUUGAUUUCAUAGCAUCAGAAGCAUUCCCCUCUCUGCCGGACGAGCUGCAAACCCUCUCCUACUCCGCAAUCCAACAUGACAGUUCCCUGGCUAGUAAAUACACAGUGCCUAUCCCGCGCCCACUCCUCGAUUCGGUAACGGCGGCAAUACCUGUAUCAGUUGCUGAAUCCCUAUCCGUCUACGGUCUCAUACCCGACUCUUCAGACCUGCCCGACUUCUUCAACCCUGUCCUCAACGAGUACGUAUCCGGUGUAACCACCGGACCACCCGCAUGGGCUAGUACACGCGCAGAUGCCUGCGAGAUCUGCGAGAGGGACUGGAUCCCGUUGUCAUAUCAUCAUCUGAUACCGAGGAGUGUGCACGCGAAAGUGCUGAAGAAGGGUUGGCAUGAUGAGUGGAUGCUGAAUAGCGUCGCUUGGCUGUGUAGAGCUUGCCAUAGCUUUGUGCAUCGCAUGGCGAGUAAUGAAGAGUUGGCUAGGGAGUGGUUCACUGUUGAUAGGAUCUUGGAGAGGGAGGAUGUACAGGAGUGGGCGAAAUGGGUUGGAAAGGUGAGAUGGAAGGCAAAGUAAGCCGAUACCCUGGUCACCAAGCGACUCGGGGUUAGAAGUAAAUUGUACGACGCCUCCUAUAGAGGGCCAGAAAUGUCUUUACUCGAAAGUAAACAUGUGUAUACGUUCUUGGAUUUGUUUAAUAGACAUUAUGUAUCAUUAUGAACGAUCAUGAAUUGGUUUCAUAGUCAUCUAUAUAGGGUCGUCGAUCCUUAAAAAAGUGUAUUGUACAUGUAUAAAGCUCUCGCCAGGAGCAGAGUAAUCUAGUAAUAGCA